GGCAGGAGGAGGCGUGGCCCGGCUUGGGGCCAUCCGGAUAAAUACUGACAACUGGGUGGGGGUGCAGAAAACUCCGGAGGACGCCCGAGCCGAGCAGCACCGCGGACAGCGCCCGGCCACACCGCCCCAGUUCUACCUGCGCAGCCUUCCUGGCCCUGGGGUUCGUGCCCAGUGCUCUCGGAGGACACACUCCCACACUUACACACACCUAGCGGCACAAUGGCAGAAUCCCACCUGCAGUCAUCCCUGAUCACAGCCUCACAGUUUUUUGAAAUCUGGCUUCAUUUCGAUUCUGACGGAAGUGGCUACCUGGAAGGAAAGGAGCUGCAGAACUUGAUCCAGGAGCUCCUGCAGGCGCGAAAGAAGGCUGGAUUGGAGUUAUCGCCUGAGAUGAAAACCUUUGUGGAUCAGUAUGGGCAGAGAGAUGAUGGAAAAAUAGGAAUUGUAGAGUUGGCUCACGUCUUACCCACAGAAGAGAAUUUCCUUCUGCUCUUCCGAUGCCAGCAACUGAAAUCCUGUGAAGAAUUCAUGAAGACUUGGCGAAAGUAUGAUACUGAUCACAGUGGCUUCAUAGAAACUGAGGAACUUAAGAACUUUCUAAAGGACCUACUAGAAAAAGCAAACAAGACUGUGGAUGACACAAAACUUGCUGAGUAUACAGACCUGAUGCUGAAAUUAUUUGAUUCAAAUAAUGAUGGGAAGCUGGAAUUGACUGAGAUGGCCAGGUUACUACCAGUGCAGGAGAAUUUUCUUCUUAAAUUUCAGGGAAUCAAAAUGUGUGGGAAAGAGUUCAAUAAGGCUUUUGAGUUAUAUGAUCAGGACGGCAAUGGAUACAUAGAUGAAAAUGAGCUGGAUGCCUUACUGAAAGACCUGUGUGAGAAGAACAAACAGGAUCUGGAUAUUAACAAUAUUACUACAUACAAGAAGAAUAUAAUGGCUUUGUCGGAUGGAGGGAAGCUGUACCGAACAGAUCUUGCUCUUAUUCUGUCUGCUGGGGACAACUAGAGUUGGUGGCCAUAACUACUUACUAGCGAUACAUUGUAUCUAAAAGCAUUACUGUGCACUAGGAAGGAGUAGGCUGUAUUUUCUUUUAUAUCUGUAAAUUUCACUGCAUAUAGAGAAUUAUCCAGGAUGUGUGGCACAUUCUUUUCUGCUUGUUUCUAUACUGUUUGUAAUGUACAGUUUUGUAACUAUAUAUUGAAAAGGAGAAAGUUCAUGCUUAGGCCAGUCAGUUCAACCAGUUAAAAAAUUAAUCUAACAUGUUUUUUGCUUUCAUAAAUACAGCUGAUAUUUCCCUAAAACUUCUACCCAGAUUAAUCUCAGAUAUUCUAGUGUUCAAUGUGUGAAUACACAUCUGUCACUGAGUAAGAAAUAACACAUAACAAGCCAAGCAUUUUUAUUUUAGACAGUCACAGGACUGUCCCACAGAGUCCUUCUAAGCUGUAUUUCCACCUAUUAGAAGGGAUGUGCUUUUGCAUCUGAAAUACCAAAAUAUCAAUAGCUAGUUAAUUAUGGCUUUGUUAUAUAACAGUUUCCCUAGAUAUUUAGUUUAUUAACCAGUGACCUGUCUACUGCUUAAAUAGAUACCACACUAUUGGCUCAAGUUGAUUUGGUAGCAAGGGAAGGUAGUCAGAUGACACAAUUCUGUCUGAUUCUAUGCCUAUAUUUCCAACAAGUCUACUGCCAGAGAGUAUGACCUUAACCCAUUUUCUAAAUUAUUUUCAUGUGUUUCAGAUUAUGAUUAUUCUAGCAAACUGCUGUUCUAUGUCAUAUUCUGUGUGUGCUCUCUGAUUAAAUUUAAUGUACUGAGUAUCCUGGUGUCUAGUUUGCAUACUUCCGGGAUUUUCUAUGUAGAACUGUUCAUUUCCACCAAGGGUAUCUGCUGCCUCUGAAAAUAUUUUUUUCUAGCUAUAACUACUCUAUUUUUUACUAUAUAAUUGAAUUUUAAUGUAAAAUUCCUAGUAACCUGAUUAUUGAAUGUUAUAUCAUCAAUACUUUUGUGUAUCCUGUGGAUUCUAUAUUUCAUACUGAGAUCAGACAAAAUAGCUCUAUUUCUAGCUGCAGAGUUUCAGAUGAAUUAAAAAUAGACUCAGGAGAGAAUUAAUAAUAUAAUCAUUUAUCUUAUCUAGAAAAGGAGAUUCUAAAGCCUUCUUUGACCCACAUGUAUCUCAAUUUCAUGUAUUUUUAGCUAGAGUAGCCUAUACUGGUAUAGGUGACAUAUAAUGGUCACUGACCUCAGGUUCUUUAUUACUAAACGAGGGACAAUGACAGAGUAUGUGAAAUUUAUAGUUCCUGCCAGAGUUAACGGAGGUCUGGGUCAGCUUGAAUAUUCCCAUUCAAAAAUUAUUUUUUUCCAUUCGUAAUAAUAACAAAAAGUAUCAGCUCUUUCCCUCAAGAAUGAAUACAAAAGAGAUCUGAAAAAAAUUAGCCCAAGAUGUAAGCGUGUGGUCGACUGGCUUUGCCGCAGUGGGUAGUCGGAAACAGCAACAGCAGACUGAAACUAACCACUAAAAAUAAAGAAAAUUAUCUUAA